GGACCGCGAGGGCAAGCUGCACCGUGGCCUCGGGGGCCAGCCCUGCGGGAGGCCGGGGCAGGUGGAGCGGGGGCGGGAGAACUCCCUGUGCCCGCCCUCGCUUGUGACGCCCGGGAGGAGCCGAGCCGAGCCGAGCGGAGCAGCCCCGCGCCGCAGCCGGGCACUGAGGCACAAUGGUUGAUUCCCAAACCUGAUGGAAUAGUAGACUAAUGGUGUCCAUUGUUUGAGGGGAAAAAAGCUGGAAAGCAUAAUUUGAUUCAAGCAACUACCUAUUAAGGAGGAACUAGAUGAGCAUCCUAUGCUGGAGAAAAGCUUCACCGCUAUCGACCAGAUAAAAAGCAACAAAGCCCCUGAAGUUGAUGGAAUUCCACCUGAAGCCCUGAAAUAUGGCAUUCCUGCUCUACACUUCAAGCUCCAUGCACUGUUUAUAGCCUGCUGGGAGCAGGAGAAAAUUCCACAAGAUCUGCGUGAUGCUGUAAUUGUUACCCUGUACAAGAAUAAAGAUGACAAGUCAGACUGUUCCAACUACCAAGGGAUCACCCUUCUGUCCGUUGUCAGGAAAAUUCUAGCUAGAAUCCUUCUCAACAGGCUGGUGCCUUUCAUAGCAGAAGAGGUCCUCCUGGAGAGCCAAUGUGGCUUCAGAGCAAACAGAGGCAUGAUAGAUAUGGUAUUUGUGCUCAGACAAAUGCAGGAAAAGUGCCGGGAGCAGAACAAAGGACUGUACAUCACUUACAGUGUCAAACACUGUAAGGUCAAUGAAAGUCGAAACGGGCUCUGGAAGAUUCUCAGGAAGCUUGGAUGCCCACCUGAGUACCUCACCAUGGUCAGAUAACUCCAUGACAGUCAGCAUGGAUAAGUCAAGUACAACAGCAACCUCUCAGGUCCCUUCCUUAUCUCUAAUGAAGUUAAAGUAAGGCUGCGUUCUAACCCCUGCUUUGUUCAACAUUUCUUUACCAUGAUGCUGCAGCAAGCGUUGGACAAUCUUGGGGAAGGUGAGAAAGGUGUCUAUAUCCACUUUUGGAGAGACAGAAACCUCUUCAACCUCAGAUGCCUACAGGCUCAUAUAAAGACCUCGCAACAGCUCAUCCAUGAACUUCUGUUUGCAGAUGACUGCGCCUUAGUGGGCCACACCCAAUACAAUCUGCAGCUCAUGACCACCUACUUUGCUACUGCAAUACAACUCUUGGGACUUACCAUCUGCCUGGGGUGUUUUGAAUGCUGUAUCAAAUGCUUGGGGGGGAUUCCCUAUGCCUCACUGAUUGCCACCAUCCUGCUGUAUGCUGGUGUCGCACUGUUCUGUGGCUGCGGACAUGAAGCACUUUCGGGAACUGUCAACAUUCUGCAAACCUACUUUGAGAUGGCAAGAGCUGCUGGGGACGUUAUUGAUGUCUUUACCAUGAUUGACAUCUUCAAAUAUGUGAUCUACGGUAUAGCAGCUGCAUUCUUUGUAUAUGGAAUUUUGCUGAUGGUGGAGGGAUUCUUUACAACUGGUGCCAUCAAGGAUCUCUAUGGGGAUUUCAAAAUCACCACCUGUGGCAGAUGUGUCAGUGCUUGGUUUAUCAUGCUGACAUAUAUCUUCAUGCUAGCCUGGCUUGGGGUUACAGCUUUCACUUCUCUGCCUGUUUUCAUGUACUUCAAUCUGUGGACCAUUUGCCAAAACACCACCUUAGUGGAAGGGGCUAAUCUCUGCUUGGACCUUCGUCAGUUUGGAAUUGUAACCAUUGGAGAGGAAAAGAAGAUUUGCACUAUGUCUGAAAAUUUCUUGAGGAUGUGUGAAUCUACUGAGCUAAAUAUGACAUUCCACUUGUUCAUUGUGGCUCUUGCUGGAGCUGGAGCAGCAGUCAUUGCUAUGGUUCACUAUCUCAUGGUUUUGUCUGCUAAUUGGGCCUACGUGAAAGAUGCUUGCAGAAUGCAAAAAUAUGAGGAUAUUAAGUCAAAGGAAGAACAAGAGCUUCAUGACAUUCAUUCUACCCGUUCUAAAGAGAGGCUCAAUGCAUACACAUAAGAAAAACCUUGUCUAACUUGCUAACAUUUGAAUGCUUUGCUGUUUAACUAAAGGCCAUCCGACCAUUUUAAAAACAAAGUGAAAGUGCUUCUCACAAAAGAUAGCCAGGGUGACUUAUAAGCCACCCAUGUACAAUUCUUGGUUGUCAAGCACUUAAUUUCCUAAUUAGUUAUAGUUUGUGUGACCAUUCUUUACUACAAAGCUCCUAAACAGCCUUUCCUGAAUGCUCUUAAGCUAAUUAGUUCUGUUAGAUCAAGGAUACUAACUAUUGUCAAAUACGGAGAUGUGUUUGAUUUUUUUAAUCACUUUGUAUGUGUUAUGCAUAACACCUUUUGCAUUGUUUCUUAUAUGUUUUUGAAAGGAAAAAUAGCUUUUUAUACUUUUUAGUUUUAAGUUCAAUAACUAACUACAGGUAUACUUCAAAGGGACCAUUGUACAGUAUGUACAAUAUAUAGAGAAGACACUCUGAUGACUUUCCUUCAUAUUUGGAUAUCUUACCUGAUGGACCGGUAACAACCUUGACUGCAGGUCCUAGAAUAUUUUAAACAAUCAAAGGUGCAAUUUCUAAAUUUGUAAUAGUAGGUAAAAAAAUUUAAAAAACAUAAAAGUGCUUCUUAACUUUGUUAACAUUGUAUUAUUCUUGAUGUUCUUAAAGAAUAUUCUCUCUCAAAGUUUUAUUGGUGAUUAUUCCUGUUUAUAUUGUGAGCAUGCAGCCCGUGGUGUUAAUGAUGCAUGGCUAUUUGCCUGUUUAAAGGACAUGAUACCACGGUUAUCUUUAAAGAGUUUCAGUAUAUAGACAAAUGUUAACUAAGUGAUAUAGCUAUGCGUAGGUUUGUGCAGAAUGAUCUCUUUGUAAUUCAACAAUGGUUAUGCUGAAUUGGAGCUGUUCAUGUGCUGAUGUGAGCAAUUACUGUUUAGCUACAUUUAUGAAAGUGAUAUAUCAAAAAUACAGCAACCUUACAAGUCAGAAGUCUUUUUUACCUGCUUUAAAAAUUUUAAUGGAUUGCACCUGCCUGGACUAUAAUAUACUGUAUGUGAUAUAUUCAAGGAUACUUCCAUAAAUGUAAUAGCUUGGCUUAUGGCUUUACUACACAUACUGGUUUACCUGUAUUAUGUUAAAGUGAGGUAAAAGGCCACUACAGAUCUUAUUGUUUGAAAGUGUAGUAAUAUAUUUGAAUCUUUAUUUUGACUAGGAAAAUGUUAUCAGAAAGGUAAGUCAUGUUAUUUUGAAGAAAGUACCUGUAUCAAAAGAACAAAAAACGAAGAAAAAAAUGUACAAAAAGAAAAAAAAUAGCAAUCAGUAUUAUUGGACCAAAUUUGGUGUCUUUUUUUUAUUUUUAUUUUUUGCCUAUUUCUAAUGCUACAAGAAUGCUGUAAAGUGUCUUUUAAAGUGAUGUAGCCUGACAAGACAUUUUUGUCAGUGUUAAAAAUCCUAGGUAGUUUUGUGCACUUAAUGGACCAUUGUGAAUUCUCUCUCAGUGUAAGUGCAUUUCUAAUAAAGGUUACUGAGUAAAACUCUUAUUUGUACUAUUACUAGUCAUGCAUCAUCAGUAAUUUUUAACAAUUCUUGUAGUAAGUAGAAGGUAAUUCAAUAGUUAUUUGUGGCAUGGUUAUGCAUUAAGUAGCAUUAGUUGAUUAAUUUGGGGGGUUUUGUUUGCGAUUUGGUUUAUUUUGUCUGUUUCGCUUUUUUUUUUUCUUAGAUUGUCUUACUGGGUCAACAGUUUUCUGAUAUGUGCAGUACCAAUAUUACAGUUCUGCAAAAAGUAUUAUAAACCUUCUUUGAAUUCUAUAUUGUAGUGUUUCAGUUUUGUGUCUUAAACAGUUUGUGCUGAUUUUUAAAACUAUGUCUUUUAAACUCAUGUAAUGAUGUUGAUGCUUUCGGCUUUUCUCUGGUAUUAGAGUUUGUAUUUUCACAAAGAAUGCUUUGUAGCAGGCAUUACAAUUAAUCUGUUUUGUACAUAAAUGUGCCAACAGCUUGAUGGUGGCGUUUUUGAAAUGUAGAACAAAGUGCUUGCAAAAAUGUAAUAAAUACACUUGUGUACUUUGUGUAUGUA